GGUCUUUUGGUCGGUAGAGGGUAAAGAUGGCUCAUGUGGAAUCCUAUUUUAGCUUUCCUAAAUGAGAAUCACUGCCUUUGAUUUCAGAGAGUUUCUAGUAGAAAAAUCUGAGUUAUAAAACACUACCCACUGACCAAGUCUCUUGAAUAAGCUGGCAGGUUUUGAGACAUAAGCUUCUUCGAUGUAUUCUGUAAAUCCCUCCACCUCCCAAACCUGUUUUCCAGUCUUGAUGUAGUAGAGAAGUCGUUUGUUGUUUCUUUGUACUUGUGGGGAGCAUGACUCCAUAGACUUGUUUGCACUGCCCAGCAAGCAGCCUUGGGCACACAUGUUAAGCAUACUCCCUCACACAUGGGGACGCUGGGGUGGUGGGGUGUUACAGUGUUAACAUACCUUUUAGCUGCCUAAAAAUAAACAUGGUUUCUACAGUUGUGCUAAGGCUCUGCUCCCUUUCUCACUCCCUUUCCUGGCUCCUCUCACUCUGGUGCUGUGUGCACCGAAGGCAUGGGAGCAGAAGAGCUAUUCAUUUUGUUUGCUUUCUAAAUGAGUCGCCAUCAGGCAUCUGUUUGAUUCUGCCAGGUAGAACGGCAGCUGGGACAGGUCUUGCUGAUUUGUGGAAGUUACUCAACAGGGAGGUAGCACCGCUCAGCACUUGCUGCAGUCUAGGAUGUGAUGGCACUGUGGUUACAACACAACAUAUCCUUCCUUUCAUGGGAAGGGGGUGGGAAGAGAAAGAUCAGGAAAGGAGAAGAAAUGAAGACUAUGUCACCACAAAACAUGGUUAAGUAAUGCUAAGGCUGUGAAUCAGAGCAAAGAUGACAAUGAGUGGCUGAUGGGGGGUACUACUGCUGCUGAGUUCUUGAGGCCAUGGCUCCUUUGGCCUCCUUCAUAGGCUUUUCAAGGUAGGAAGGAGUGGGGUGAGUUAAGGAUAAAGCAUUCAGUCUGAGCUUGGCAUUCACCGCUUGUGUUAUAGAACUCAGCCUUAGCAUUCCUUAAGCCUGCUCUUACUCCAGUUAUUGUUGGGCCUCUGCUGAGAUCUAUGCAAUGGAUGUAAUGAGUGCAGCAACGAUGUCACUAACCAAGGCAGAAUCCUUGUAGUAUGCUGUAAGUAGCACAGUUGUCACCUUUUUGUCAAAAUUGAGUUAAUACCAAGUUUCUGGUGACAGUAGACUUAGAUUUUGUUUGAUUUUUGUGGUUCUCUUUAACUAGAAUAUAAUUUUAAUAAAUCUUUAGAUAGUAUUUUCCGAUUAUCUCCAAUGCAAAACAGAAUGUAUAUGUCAUAUGUGUUGGGAUUAUAUUACUGAUGUCGAUUAUAAUUCUUUCCAAUGUAGUAUGUUUUAGUAGUACUUCCUCAAAUACACACACAUAGCAUUUCGAUGUGACACUGCUAUCCCUAGGGAUACUCUGUGAGCUCUUGAUUCCUCUCAUUGUGCUGUUUAAACAUUCCACUGUGUCCAGAGUUUUGGAGUGAACAUAGAGCAGAUAGAAUUUGGACAACCGUAGGACACCUUAAAAGAACACAGGGCUGAGAAUGUAGCUCAGUGCUUAGAGUGCUUGCCAAGCACACUCAGGAAGCCCUGGUUCUAUCCCUAGCACCACAUACAACAGCUAAGAACAAUAUAAGGUUAAAUUGAGGGGGUACCAAAAGGCUUGGAGCCACAUGACAGAGUCCUUGUCAUUAGAAGCUCCUUGCUCGGAUUGAACGUAUGGAAAGGCGGAUGCAGCUGGUAAGGAAGGAUAACGAGAAGGAAAGGCACAAGCUGUUUCAGGGCUAUGAAACUGAAGAGAGAGAGGAAACAGAGUUGUCUGAGAAAAUUAAACUGGAGCGCCAGCCGGAGUUUUGCGAGACAUCCCAGGCUCUGCCUUCCAAGCCUUUCUCAUGUGGCCGCAGUGGAAAGGGACACAAAAGGAAAACCCCAUUUGGAAAUACAGAAAGAAAGGCUCCUGUUAAAAAGCUGGCUCCUGAGUUUUCAAAAGUCAAAACAAAAACUCCUAAGCACUCUCCCAUUAAAGAGGAGCCCUGUGGUUCCACAUCAGAAACUGUUUGCAAACGUGAAUUGAGGAGCCAAGAAACCCCAGAAAAGCCCCGGUCUUCAGUGGAUACCCCACCAAGACUCUCUACUCCCCAAAAGGGACCCAGCGCCCACACCAAGGAGAAAGCCUUCUCAAGUGAGAUGGAAGAUUUGCCGUACCUUUCCACCACAGAAAUGUAUUUGUGUCGUUGGCACCAGCCUCCCCCAUCACCGUUACCAUUACGGGAAUCCUCUCCAAAGGAGGAGACUGUAGCAAGGUGUCUGAUGCCAUCAAGUGUUGCAGGAGAAACUUCAGUCUUGGCUGUUCCUUCUUGGAGGGACCACUCAGUAGAGCCUCUAAGGGACCCAAAUCCUUCAGACAUUUUGGAGAACCUGGAUGACAGUGUGUUUUCAAAGAGGCAUGCGAAACUGGAGCUAGACGAGAAGAGGAGAAAACGAUGGGAUAUUCAGAGGAUCAGGGAACAAAGAAUUUUACAGCGAUUGCAGCUCAGAAUGUAUAAAAAGAAAGGAAUUCAGGAAUCUGAGCCUGAGGUUACCUCAUUUUUCCCUGAGCCAGAUGAUGUUGAAAGUUUGAUGAUUACCCCCUUCUUGCCUGUUGUAGCAUUUGGACGGCCAUUACCAAAAUUAACUCCACAGAACUUUGAACUACCCUGGUUGGAUGAGCGAAGCCGUUGCAGGUUGGAGAUCCAAAAGAAGCAAACACCUCACCGGACGUGUAGGAAGUAGCUGUGCUGGCAAUAGCCUGUCUUCAGAUAGUUGUAGCAUGCUGUUCCAAGAGGAUAGCAGAGACCUGUGUGUGUGACCUGUGUCCUCAUGUAUGUUACCAUUCACUGGUGAUGCCUCUCCAUACUCCCUUUAUGUUAGUUUUGUUUUCUUUACUCUGAUUUCACAAAACAAACAAAAGAAACCUCUUGCAUUGGGCUAAUUGUGAAUUAUGGAGUUAAUGAAACUUCUUUUCCCGUUUUUGGGGAAAUGAGCUCUUGAGCUCAUCCUAUAGGAUGGUAGAUUUGGGAGUUUCAGGAGCCACUUGUACUCACUUGCCUACCUAACAGGGGUAAAGUGCUCUUCAUUAGCUGUGUGUAAGAUGGAGCAACCCUUCUGUAGAGCUGGGCCUGCCCUGACCCCGUGCUUCCCUGGUUCGCCCACCUUCUGAAUAGUGUGGGUAUAGUAGGUUUCACACUAAAAUAAAACCAAAAGACCUUACCGUGAGCUUUAGGGCCCGAGGAAUAACAUGAAGGGAUGAAGAACACUCCUCAUAGAGGAAGAAACUGCAGUUUUGUCUGAAAGUUCGUUCUCUUUAAACCGUUUUGUGACAGUGGCAUGUGGGAAGAGACGUGCAGCUGGUUCACUUUCUUAGUUGCUGGGUAACUGAAGUUGCUUCCCACCCCCAACAAAGAAAAUGUUUAGAAAAGAGAUUGGAAGUAUAAGUUUCUAACUAGUGAACAGUGCUAAACUGAUAGAGCUGUCAUUUGGGGAUGGCAUGUCAGAGUCUAUAGAGGUGUCUCUGUGUCAUGUCACUUCAAGUAUUCCUUUAGUGGGGCUUCAUCCUAUUAGCCAAACCUUUGGUGGUGAGGUAGAAAUUUGGGGCGGGGGCGGGGGGUAGGGUAUGGAAGGAUGUGCUUCCUCUGGCUGGCAGAUGUCUACAUCUUGAAACAAACAGUUGUUACCUAAUGAACUUUAUUCAUUUAGUGAAAAUAGAUUUAUACAUGAACCAUCUUGUUUCCCAUCUCCUGCCCUUGUUUUGUUACCGGGGAAAAGAAGAAGAAAAAAGGAAAAAAAAGAAAAAAGAAAAAAAAAAAUCAGGAUAGCACUCCCAGGCCACUAUGGUCUCAGUGUAAGAUCCCUGUUAACUAUCUGGAAGAAAAAUGGAGCCGAGGCCUGUGGGCUUCUGUAUAGGAAUUGCCUUUCACUAGCCUUCAGGACUAUUGUAUAAAAACAAGUUAGGGUCUAAUCUCUAGAAGGGUAGGGCUCUUAUCCUUGAAGAGAACAUGUCCCUGGAUUAUUAGCACUUUUAGAGGAGAAGCCAAGGUAUGUAGGGUGUGUGGUUGGCCAGUCUGCUGAGCCACAGAGGAUGCGAGAAUGGCAUUGCUACUGUGGGAAGAGAAGUUCCUCAGGGGCCUCCCACUGCUAACGCUUUCUGAGAUGUUAUCUGUGCUCCCUGGGUUUGACUUUGAAAGGAAUUAUUCCAGCAGUACAUGUAGUGUUCUUGGAUGAUCUUGCUGCUCUUAAUUCUCCUUUGUGUGUGUUUGUGUGUGGCUCUGGGUUUUCAUUUGUAACUCCAUCUGCUUAGGAGCAUGGUCUCUCUGUGACAGAAGCUGCCGUAACUGCAGCGAAGACGUAGAGAGAAAGAGGACUUCUUCUAGGGGCUUUCAUCUCACACCUUAAGGAUGGGGAUAUAUCUAGAAAUAUUGGGCCAGAUUUUAAUGUGGCCAAGUGUUUAGUGCUCCUACUCUAACCUGUGUUACGUUUCUUUAUAACAUGCUCCUCAAAAAGAAUAACCUCAAUCAGUUGUCUCUCUACUUCGUUUCUUGAUCCCUCUCAGUUUCUUCUUGACAACGGAGAUUUGUUAGAUUCCUAAUUUGGGUAUGGGUUAACAGACUUAACCGCCAGGUUUCUGCCCUACACAGAGGAGUCCUCAGAUCCUGUUAUUGCUAGACUGAGAGGAAUCCAUGAGGUGCUAUCUGGCAGGACUGAAGUGGAUUCUCUUGCUUUGGUUCUCCCUUCCCUGAGGACUUGACUGUGUCCUCUCCUAGUUGUCCUUUGGUUUGGGGAUGCUGAGGUUUGUUGAGAAGGAGGUUGGAGUGAGAGUAGAGUGUGGGGAAUUAAUCUUAUUUUCCCCUACAUGGGAUACAACACUGUGAAAUUCAGUCUUCAACAGAAAGAGAGGCCCUGCAGUUCUCCUAAAACAGUUCCUUAAUUCUUUAACAAAGUUUAAGCUAGUGUUAAUAAAUUAAAAGAGAAAUUGCUUGUCUCUCCACCUCAGCUUUGUUUUAUGCCCGUUUCAUAUCGUUGUCUGUGCUGUAAUUCAUACUUUUGAUACCAUUUCUGAUGUGUAAAGUCAGCUGUCUUGUAAAUAUCUUAUAAAGAGUUCAAUUGUAAAUAAACUAUUGUGGCUGUUAAUUUUUGAA